UUUUAGAAAAGAAAGGCUCACAAUUUCAGUAUACAAAAAUAAAAUUUUGUAAUGAAAAGUUUAUUUACAAUUGUUUGCUUUAAUAUUGUUAUUAAUCAUAUAACAUGUUAUAAAUUAAUUAAACAUACAAAAACUUAUAAAAUUGUUGUGUAUGUUCAACACUAACUACGUCAUUAGAUGUUUGAAAAAGGUGCACUUACAGUUGGAUGUUUUAAUGAAAGUUUCAAAAUGCAUUUCGAAGCAAUAAGCAUCAAAUAUAAUCGAAUAAGAUCAUGGAGAUAAAUAAGAGUAAAAUACAGCAUAGAUCAACAAUUUGAUGUCAACUAAUAUUAAAUAAGGAGUUUUACAAUCACCAAGCUCUCGUUCUGUGUCAUGGACAUACCUAUAAAACCGGAAGUUAACAUCUAACAAUCGGAAUCGGAAGUGAUUUGAUGGGGACUAUGGAACCAUUGUUGAAAGUUAACCGAAAAACUUUUGACAUCAGAAGUUUUAUAUAAGAGUAAUUGUAGGAAGUCAGUAAUUUUACAAUGCACAUUUAGGUGGAAACUACUUCGGAUAUGGUUCGUGAAAUAACAUUGAUUCAGUAUGUAUCAUGUUUUUGUUACCGCGAGAUAAAUCAAAAGUAUCAUGGGUUGUGGACCAAGUAUGCUAUCCAACAAAUGUACUGAAACUCAUUUGAUUGCAACGAAACUCGCCUUUACAAGUUCACAAUUAGAAAACUUAAAUGGAUUUUUUCGAGAAAUGAUUGACAAUGACGUUGCCGAUAAAGAUAUCAAAUUGAUAGAAACAACGGUGGAAAGAUUAGUACAACGAUUGGUGAUAGGAGUAGGAAAUCUUGAUAGAAGAUUUGCAUCAAUGUUUCUGGUCUCUUUAAAUGAAAAACAAAGAGUAAAGCAAUUGAAAUUCGAGUAUUUACUCCGAAUUGAUGCACUUUCAACUCCACUAGUCGAUUCAAGUAAGGAUACUACAAUAGCAAGUGUAGAAGAGGAAGCAGCAUUACCAGGAUUUGCUCGACUUCGGAUUCGAGGAGCAGACGUUGAAUCUUGGGCUGAAUUUCUUGGUCCUGGCGGACGAUUGAGGAGAGAUCUCGUGAAAGCCAAACUCGUGAACUUAUUGGCAGCUGCUACUAAACAAGAUGCUAUUAAUGAUGUGGAAGAACAUACUUAUCAGACCCCUGGACAAGUAAUUGAUGCAGAAACUCUUGAUAAGAUUCUCAAACAACCUGAGCAUUGCAGAAUAUUCUAUGGGCCUGCGGCUGCGGAAAAAGACUUGCCACAACCAAGAGAUCAUCGUAUAGCGUUGGUGGAAGAUGCAAGUGGAAUACUUCUCAAGAUUAGCUUGGCUGGAAACAAUACAAAGGAUAUUGAAGUGAGACUUCUAGUCGGGGCUGGCGUAUCAUCAUGGUCAUCACUAGCUGAUUAUCCACGUCGGAUACCACUUCAUCAUUGCGAUGCAUUACUUCACUACACAGCUGCUCAGAGCGGAAUGUAUGCAGUUGCUGUCGGUCCUUAUCCAGGUGCCAGAUGUGAUGAUCGAGCUACUCUGUGGCGUCUUCGUGUUCCUGCUACCGAGAAAAUCAUGAAUCAACAUUACUCCGAAGAGAGUAUUCCUGUGUUGACAGAAUCAGUGCUUAUGUAUAUCUUGGAUCAACUUCGAGGAAGAUUGCCACUGAAUAUUCCUAUGCACCAGAAGGACUAUCUGAGAGUAGUAUCACGUCACAUUAUACGAACCACACAUUGGUGGUUACUAGAGAGAGCUGGGCCAGAUCCUCUGCGGAAUUGGGCUCCUGACAGUCUCUCUCGUCACGUUCUUGUAGCCCUUGAUGAGUUGGUCACAGCCCUGAGGUGCCAGAAUUUAUCGUGCUAUUUUCACUCAAGGUGCAACAUCAUGCUACAAUGUACUAAAGGUGGCAUUCUACAUCAUGAAGAUUCAUACGUAUCAGAUGCUCGUCUUUUAGAAUCUUAUCUCCAUGGCCUUCACAAGUAUUCCUUGAACUUGACUCCAGUUGAUCUUUCACCAAGUGACGUGCUCGAAAACGAGUUGAUUGUGCGCUGGCGCCGUGUAAUGACCUCUUUACCAAGAGGUUCUAUGGAAGGAUGCAAUGGUUACAAUUCUCGACAGUUGACAUACUUGGGAUUAAUUGUUAGAGAAGUCUUGAAAGUUAAAGAACUCUUAUUGCAUGGGUAUAUCAACGACUGCACUUUUUUAGGUUUCCCUGUAUCCGGACACAAUCCAUCGUCUUUAGUUGAGAACUUGAUCUACCUCUUGACAUUAGUGUUGAAGCAAGCACGAGAUCAGAUUUACAUAAUAACAAACCAUCAAAGGACUAGAAGUAGGUGUCAAAGAUCUGCUAGUGUGCCACGGAGGAGAAAAAAAGCUGCUGGCUAUUUUGAACGGUCUGUCGAUAUUCUCGUUGAUGCUGUCCGUCGGGAUCGAGAGACUGCUUACGCAGAUCUCGAAAAUGACACCAUUAUGGCAAAGAGUCUCUUGAGAUGGCUCUACUUUGGAAUGGAGCACGACAAGAAGAUUCUCGGCCACAUUCUCCGUCCAUAUCUUGGCAAUCUCUUCAACUCGUCCCACGAGAAUGCCUGGCACGUAGAAUCCUGGCGAAAACGACAAGACAUUUACAACUCGGAGAUGCGUUCAAUAUCCCUCUUCUGCAAGUUGGUUACGACACAGGAGGUAUCACCAGCCAAUGGCAUAGUUGAAGCUCUUUCAAAGGGCUGGUCUUGGGCUGAAGAGACAAUCAAAAUAAUUGAACGUUCUGAAGAUGGAUUAAGACUAGUAUUUAUCAUGCCAGGACGAAUUAUGAGAUAUAGUUUGACAUUCACAAACAAUCGAGGCUUGAGUGCUUUCUCCACUUGGAGUAAAGUUCGGAAUAUUGGUAAUGCUGCAAGGCGGGCAACGAUUGCAAGGAACAGUAUGAUAACUGCUACAGAUAGUCUACCAAAAUUGACUGACAGAGCUGAAGAAAAUCAAAUAAACACAGGUUAUGCCAGUCAUAUUGAUUUAAGAGACUCCAGUCCUUUGACGUACAUCGUUUCAUUAAAUCGUCGAAAAGGUCGACAAAGAGGUCCUGGUGGAUUAAUUCCAGCAUUAGUAGCUCUUAAUAAAUUUAGGAUACUUCAAGAAGCUGCAGCUGUAUUGCCUCAUGAAGAAAGAAUUGCUAUGUUGGAUAUCGUUCAAAAAGUAUCUAGAGAAGCAUCUCGACGGUUAAGACGAUUUAGUUGUUCAGAUUUGGACUCUUCAAAUAUUCCUAAACAAACAUAUACUCCUAGAUCUGAAGCUGAGUUUAUCGAGUCAUCAGAAGACCGUUUGUCACCCAGUUCACGUCAGCGUGGGAUAAUUGCUGAAUACCAAAAACAACUGCAUCAAGAAAUACUAGAAAUGCAUGACACGUUAACUCGAGGGUUGAGGCCAAGAAAUUGCAUUCCAUCAUGGGACUCAACUUCUACACUUUCUUGGACUUCAUCAAUUCGAUCGGUUGGCAGUAGAUUGCGAAGGAAGCGCUCCCCAAUUUGGAAUACGAUGAGAGGAUCUUCAUUCCCGAUGUGGGAUCGAGUUAGCACCGAUGGGAAUUUCACCAAGAGUAAGUCUGCAGAGAUGAUAAGCCGUGAGGAGUCCCCAAAAUGGAGCAACUCAGAUAGUCGGCAAUCUGGGAGUGAGAUUGGUCUCAAUGCGGAUGAGAUACUGCCGUCUUGGGAAUUUCUCGAAACAGCUCUGAAUCGAAAACUACAGUACUACGAUCACGAAGAGGUUGAUAAUUUCUUGGAA